UAUCUCGAAAUGCCACCAGGCGCGCCAUUCCACUCGUUUAUAAAACCAUACCACAUCCGAGUCGAUGAAUUCACCAUUAACCCGGACAUUCAAGUCGUGCCGCUUCUUUACCUCCUCACACAUACGCAUUCAGACCAUAUCGUCGGCUUGCAAUCAAAAUCGUUCGGCUCGACGAUUGUCUGCUCUGUUGAUGCGAAGGAAAUGCUGCUGCGCCAUGAGGUUUACAAGGAACGCUCGCUGUUAGAACAAGAGUAUCGGGCGGAACCAACUAAAACCUAUUCGCACCUCAAGGUUGACCCACUCAUACAUCCUGAUGGAACAAUGUACUACCAAGGAUCCAGAGAUCUUCUGAAAACAUUGCCACUUAACACCCCCACCAAGAUUGAGCUCACCAACCACGAUACUGUCACCGUCACCCUCUUUGACGCCAACCACUGUCCUGGAGCAGUUAUGUUUCUCGUCGAGGGCAAAUAUGGCGCAAUUCUGCAUACAGGCGACUUUCGCGCGGAGCCUUGGUUCGUCGAAAAUAUCACACACAACCAGUAUCUUCAACCAUAUCUUGCGUCCAAGGAUGGCUCAGCAGGCCAGAUGACGCUUGAAGCCAUCCACCUUGACACGGAGUGUGUUUUCAAUAGCGCCCCAGUACCGACCAAGGAGCAAGCGACGAGUGGGUUGAUCGAGCUCAUGAAACUGCUACCAGAGGACACAUACUUCUUCAUUAAUUCUUGGACAUGGGGCUAUGAAGACAUCCUGAAAGCUGUUUCUAAUGCUUUUCGCUCUCCCAUUCACCUCGACCGCUACAAAUACGGCAUCUACACCAGGCUUACAGACCCUGUUUUGCGACAGAUUGGCGUUUGUGACCCCGCUGCAUCCCGCUUUCACGCCUGCGAGCGAUUUGACCGCUGUUCAUUUGUCGCCCAAGCAAAGCCAACUGAAAAUGGUGGAUUUUUCAACGACGAAGUGGAGGGCAGAAGCAGCAAUGGCAACAACAUCGUCUAUGUCAACCCAGUUACGAUGAGCACUGAGCGAUGGGAAGCCUAUCUCCGCGAGACACGGGUUGCCCUGCGCAUGAACCAGCCAGUGAAAACCCUGCUCGUACCUCUAUCGCGCCAUUCGCCUCUUCCGGAACUGGAGUCGUUCGUCAAACUUUUCCGACCCAAGCGUAUCGUGCCCAACUCGCUGGUUCCUGGCCUGUGUAAACUUGACGGGGCCGCAAUACUUCGCAGGUUUGCCCCGUUACUUGCUUCUUAUCCUACCGCGCAAGACCUUGCUUUGGGUUCUGAGGAAGCUACGGCUGCGGCGCAAAUUUUUGGUGCUCCGAAGCUUGUGAUCGAUGGCGGGGACAAGACGGAAGAUGCUGCUCUGCAAAACAUCGUUGGGGGCAAUACCGCUGAAAUCGCCGCUCGCAAAUAUGCCGAGGAUAACGCACUCCAAAAACGCAUGCUUGUUAUUAGCGACUGGCUCAAGCUGAAUAACAAGGCGCCUUCUGCAUCUGCUGCUCCGAGCGUGUUCGCACCACCACAAAACCCUGCUCACCAUCCUCAUUUCAACCAUGUUAGAGGCAUCGAAAGCGAUGACGAGUCGUCUGAUGAUGAUGCGGCCGAUGAGCGUGGUAGAACCGCCAAUUACAUAUUUGGGCCUUCGGCGGGAAUCGAUAUGCCGCUGGAAGUCGAUUCGUCACCAUUGGCAAGUGGGUCGCCUGGUAGUGCUGUGAAACGUGUUUCUGGAUCGUCUCCGACGCCCUGGGGAGAGGGACAGGCACGAAUGUCGACACCCGGGGUCAUUGCUCUGGGGAAAAGGCGACAAAGGGAUAACGAUUCCAGAACACCUACUCCGACUAGAAAACGGGUCCGCGUACUAUCUCCGCCCCAUCAUAUCCUCGCUUCACCUUUUGCGCCGACAGAACCGCCUGUUCCUGCUAGAGAGCGGUAUGAUCCAACAAAGACUUUGACUGGAAAGCGUGGUCCGCUGCUUCCUCUAGACACCAAUGCGGUGGCUUCGACCAACUCAACCCCAUCCGUUAUUUAUCUUCCUGGUGGGAAAGAGCUCAAAGUAGUCGAGAUCAUACGCGGAUCGUCUCCUAGCGCGAAAGGCAAAGUCAAAGAGGGUGUAGACCCCUCCAAGCUUCCCCAACCAUUGCCUCCAUUGCCCGCCCCCCACAUUGUACUUGCCUCGAUAACCGCGGAACAUGCUCGUCUGGCCGAUCGCCUUAAACACCACGACCGACUUCUUGUCAGCCCGCGAGGCACUCGCGCGUCUCCUGCGUUUGCAGCCAAGCGCAAGAAACUCGAAGAUCGGGAACGUGUGUUGCGCAUGAAGAUGCACUAUUGGCAGGCAAUCAACGACGGAAAGACCGCCCUGGUCCGCCAGAAUGAGAAUGAGAAUCAGCAAGUCGGUCCUCUUUGGAACGGUGUUGUGUACGAUAGCCACGAGAAGACCACAGUAAAAGAGGAAGAAGGCAUCGAUUUGGAGCUGAGCAGGAAGAUCACGGAUGCGGUGAGGAAGGGGGUGUCGCUGGGGUCGGUUGUGCCGCCGUUGCAGUGUGCGAUGAGUGAGGAGGAUUGA